UGCUCGCUGUAGCAGGGAAUGGGUCCAGCUCCUCUUACUGUACGGUACCGGGCGCAGACAUGGACCGGCAGCGUUAGCUCUGUCUUCGCUUCCCUAGACGUACGAUAGUCUGUUCCGAGUAGUUUGUUAAACUAAAACAACAAAUGGAAGUGUGCACCUGCGUUACCUUCACCUGGCUUCACGUCGGCGCAGCCUGCAAGCUAACAGGCCGCAGAACAGCACACGAUGCGCUUCAUGCUGCUCUUUAGCCGGCAGGGGAAGCUGCGACUGCAGAAGUGGUACACGGCCACAGCGGAGCGCGACAAGAAGAAGAUGGUGAGGGAGCUCAUGCAGAUCGUGCUCGCCCGAAAACCAAAGAUGUGCAGCUUCCUGGAGUGGAAGGACCUCAAGAUCGUCUACAAAAGGUACGCCAGCCUGUACUUCUGUUGCGCAAUAGAAGAGCAGGACAACGAGCUCAUCACCCUGGAAGUCAUCCACCGCUUCGUAGAGCUGCUGGAUAAAUACUUUGGCAGCGUGUGUGAGCUGGACAUCAUCUUCAACUUUGAGAAGGCCUACUUCAUCCUGGACGAGUUCCUGAUGGGAGGAGAGAUCCAGGACACGUCCAAGAAGAGCGUCCUGAAGGCCAUCGAGCAGGCCGACCUGCUUCAGGAGGAGGACGAGUCCCCCAGGAGCGUGCUGGAGGAAAUGGGCUUGGCCUAGAACGCCGCAGGCUGUUAAGACUUUAGAUACUGAAGCGGGGGGGUGGGAUGAGAAGGAGAGAGAGAGAGAGAGAGAG